CCAUUAUUUUGCUUCUUUUCUCCUAGAAGUGGCUGCAUGUCUCGUGAGUAAAUACCAUGGCCGUUACAGCAAGUGGCCAUUCAGAUGACAAGCUCUCCUCACUCUGGCAUAGUGCCUGCAGCGACUAUGCCAAGGAGACGGGAAUCAAUAUCACGGAUGAUCAGUUCCCAAAAAUCCACGGACCUGAAGAUCUAUCUCGCCAAUUAGAAUCUGAGAAGGACAAUUUUGAAGAUUUUCGAAUGAAGAGACGACCACUUCUUCAUGCUAUGCAAAUGAUCUUAGCACCCUUUGAGGCCUGGGGUGAUCUAAUCGCCAAUAUUGCAUCUGCAGCCUUUCCGCCUGCGUCUUCCAUCAUGGGAGCAAUGUUGCUACUAGUCCGGGGAGCACGCAAGGUCAGCGAGGCGUUUGACGGAAUUACUGAUUUGUUUCGCAAACUAGGCAAUUUCGCUCUGCGUCUAGACUGCUACAAGGGCGUUCCCCUCAGUGAGGGGAUGAAGGCAAUUAUUGUGAAUGUAUUGGUGCAUUUUCUUCGGGUCUGCGGGGCAUCGCAAAAAUGUCUGAGCCGUGGUUCACUCAGAACUAGACUUUCAAAGUGGGCAAAGAACAUUAUUGUUGAGGAUACAACAAUUAUCUCUCUGCUGAGUGAGCUAGAGGAGCUGACGAGCCAGGAACAUUUGAUGGUGUCUGCUCAGGGUCUUAAUCUCACUCACCAGGCUCUCCGAAACACCGAGGAACUGCUCCAGAGAGAUGGCCGCAAGAGUGAUCGUGAAAAACUAGAGCGAGUGAAAGCAUCAUUGAAUCCUGUCUCAGCUUCUGGUCAAGUCUUCUCUUCCACUAACGAAAAUCGGAUACCCGGGUCAGGUAGUUGGAUUGAGGAUCGGAUCCGAACCUGGUGGCAAGGAUCACAGCCUCUCCUCUGGCUCCAUGGCGGUCCCGGGGUAGGCAAGUCCCAUCUGGCAUCUAAGAUUAUCACCGAUCUUUCGAAGGCGGAGUCGCCUACCAUCACUCCGCCCAUGGUCGCCUCUUUCUUCUGCAAGAACAACGAUGUUGAUCUGCGCUCAGUAAACAAGGCUCUACGAACCCUUGCAUGGCAAAUAGCAACGCAGCGACCUAGCUUUGCGACUCACGCUGAAGAAUUUUCCCUUAAAGAGGACCCGGAAAAUAGCUACAUCGUCUGGAGGAAGCUUUUAGUCGAAUACUUCGCGACGGAUCCAUUAGACACCACAGCCUGUUUUGUGAUUGAUGGGAUCGAUGAGGUUGAGCCGGAGCAGCAAGAAAUACUUUUUAGUCUACUAGAAAGGACAUUUGAGGAUGAUGAUGUGACCCAACGACCACCGCUACGUGUUGUACUUCUCAGCAGGGACUCAGUGCGUCCCAUGAUUGAUGAGCACUCAUUGAGCUGGAUUCCAGAGAUUGAAGUGGGGAAUGAGCAAAACAAGGACGACCUUCACCACUAUGUUUCUGAGAAAUUACGAAAAACUCAGCUAUUUCGCGGAUCCCCAGAUUUUCAAGACGAGAUUAUUAGUGAAAUCAGUCGAGAGGCAGAAGGCCUCUGGGAAUGGGCCAAUUUAGUUAUCAAAUCUGUUCUGCGCUGUCGGACAAAAGAGCAGAUUCGGAAGGCAGUCAAGGCCAUGCCGCGAGGAAUCAGCGCAAUGCUGCGUCAAGAGCUGCAGCGCCUAAGUAAAGAACUGUCUAUAUCGGAUAUGUCUGACGACGAUGAAGGGUCCGCAGGCGAGACGACGGCAGCACAGAUUGAGCAGUUUAAUAUCCUACUUUCGUUUGUCACACUAGCGGUAAAACCGCUGACUGUAUGGCAACUGGAUAUUAUGCUAGAAAUUAUCCUGAAGGAAGAGGUGUUAAAUCUCGAAGAUGAUAUCCGCACUAUAUACUCUUCCCUGUUCUCGACGAGGCCCAACGAAAACAAAGAUACCCGCGACAAAAGUGAUGUUGUGACACUCCGACAUGGUUCAUUCUAUGAAUAUUUCAAGGCAUCUGAAAAUGGCGGGCCUAUUAAUGUCAACACCCAUCAAGGCGAAGCGAGAUUCGUAUACGUUUGUCUCCUUGCCGUUAAGGAAUACGACUCGCCCACUUUGGAUAGAUCGAUACAAGAUAUUUGGCACUAUGCUACAGAUUUCCUGCCCUCGCAUCUCAUGUGUGCAGAUUUCCAAGAGCCAGGAAAGCUAAGAGGUGAAAUUUCCGACCUUUUUGCGGAUCUCUUCACCCACGAAGAAAACAUGAUGUGGAUUAUUAAGAAAAGGUCUCGUCGAUUUGCAAAUGAGUAUUCCUCCUCUCCGUCGGCUAAAAUAUCAAAGCUUGGUCGCUAUUGGAUGGAUAAUGACACUCGAAGCGCUGCAAACAAAAAGUCGCAGCUAGUUCUAGACUGGCUUCUUCCAGAAACGUUACAGAUGUUCUUGAAAAACUCAGCAAGCGAUGCAGGUCCCUUUACGGUGCUAUUCUCUCACAUGGCCGUGUUUUGGUCCCGACUAUGGCUAGACCCAGAGCAUAUCAAUGAGGACGAUGGAAGCCCUGAAGUUCUUCCUUAUAUGUUAAUAACAUAUAAUACAUUGGAAACAGGAGAUGCUGCGCUCGAUGCGGAUGUCUCAAUGUCAAACGAAUCAAGUUACGACAGUUCUGAGAUAGUUUUGCGUAUCGCAGAGCUUCAAGAUAUUCAGAAAACGCCUAUGUGGCAUGCGCGAGUUGCACAGGCUCUAAGCUUAGGUUUGUGGUACGAAGACGCCCUCGAUCAGUUCCAAAUCUUUCUCCACGAACACGAGAAAUCCCCCAACCUUAGUGCGCUGUCUCUGUUUGUUAUUCACAGAGACAUUUAUCGUACACUUAUGAAGCUCGGAAGACACAAGAAGGCAUUAUUACAUUUUGAGCUAUCAGAGUCUCUACGUAAGGACUUUUUAGGGGACAAUAAACUCAAGAGUGCCGAAUAUAUCGCCAGUUUACUGAACGCGGCGCAAAUGAAACAUCAUGCGAAGCUGGCAGACGAUGCACUGGCGGAUGCAGACAAAGCAUGGGAACAUGUAUUGCAGCAAUACACUGACAAGUGGUUUUAUCCCCAGCUAACAUCGUUCUUCACCAUCUUCUUAGAGCUUUACCAGCCACAUCGUAUUCGGUCUGUCUUGGAUUUUGCUUUCACUCACCUCCAGGUUUUUCCUGGUAAUAAUUCCAAGGCGUUUGUCCUGGAAUGGUUUAGUUUAAUACCCCGUACAAUGUACAGGGUCCUUCACCAUGCCGUAACUCGAGACGAUCAGUGUUAUGUUGAUAUCAUAUCGGAGGUUAUAGGAAAGAUUGACACCGAAACUUCGGAGAGGAAUGCCAUUGAUAGCCAUGGGUUUUUCGGGAAAACUGAACCUUUGACUUGGGAAGCGAAUAACCUUGCGGAGCUCAGAUAUUUUCUAGCCACACUUUUGUUUGAGAAAGGGCAGGUUAGCCAAGGUAUCCAGGGAUGGUACGAGGUUGCAGCCCUCUCUGAGCCAUCUGGUGAGUGGGACAUUAAGCCUGCUCAAAAUCGAUCAAUCUGCGACUUGGCGUCCUUGUGUCUAAGUGACAAAGAUAUUCCCUUCGCCGAGCGCUCCCCGUUAGCACUGGAUAAAGACGCUGAAUACAGCGAUGUAUGUGUGGUUAUUUCGAGCUGGCUUCGCGAUCACGGGGAUAUGAUAAAUGCUCGGAAUGCUCUCCGCGGGCGAGUAAGACAGUGCGUAUCCUUAUUAUCAGACGACGAUCCGUGGAACGACAAAGCGGCCUUUCUGAGCCUCUUCAAGACAUUCCUCGCCAUUAGAGGUAGCGACGCAGACCUAGACGCGGCCCUUUAUAUGAUCAAGCUAGACGACCAGCGAAUAGUGAGGGCUUUUGACAAAGGGGAGUUCGGCCUUAAGGUGCUACACAACGAUACGCAGGGUGAUCUUUCUGAAUCGCUGGAUCGGGUACAACUCGACAAUACUACAACUAGAGAUGCAGAUGCCGGUGUGGAUACAGGCCUGGAUGAUGUAUCUAGUGUGGGUGAAUGGUUGUGCACUGACCCUAUGAUCGAGUGCUCAAGUUGCAGGCGCCAGAUUAAGACGGUCCACUGGUGGUACUUUUGUCGCUCCUGUGCCAACAAGGGACUAUGUCGACGAUGCUAUCUCAUGUUUCGCCCGCCGGCUCUCGCGAAUCCAGAUGAUGCAGCUCCAUCUACGUCAGAUAAAAUUAUGGUGGGCGUCUGCGAUCCCCAGCAUGAGUUUUACUACACCGGCCCAUUCCUUCGGUUCGAUGAUGUCUUCCCCAAAGGUAUGGUGCCCUUCGUGUCCACUACCGGGGAAAGGAAAGAAAUUUGGAUAGAGGAAUGGAAGGACAGGCUCGCAGAGGAGUGGGAGACUGCCGAUUUUGAGUUUGAAGGUGGACUAUCGGCUUGGUGUUCAAGGGUGUUACCUGAGCCGCAGAGGACCCGAUGGGCCACAUUAUUUUGCUGAUGGUAGGGAUUGUGGUAUGCAGAGGGUGAAAGGAGGAUGCCCGACUGGAGGGGAG